CGCAUAUUCAGCCUUUCUUUCCUUUCAUAUUCAUCGCCAGUUUCUGUUGUUCCAAGAUGCAUGCCACAUCACCCUCCUUCAUUUUCAUUACCCUUUCUCUUCUCCACUCGGUCAUCGCCGAUGCAAUAGUCAUGGACCGCAGCCCACCCUCAUACCUGAAAAACCGGUACGACAUCUGGGCGUCAAGGUUCCAGCCAUUCUCCGACAAAAGCACAUCGGGCCGGACCACCGAAACAAUGCAGUACGCAGUCGUUAAGAGUUCCGGCGACCUUAAUCCGAAUGCAUACUACGUAGCUGCAUACGUCUACAUGACUCCGCUCAACCGCACGCUGUCUGUCGAAGGCGCUACAUUCAAUUACUUCCAAUGCACAUCUGACGGUAGUGGUGACUUUGACAGCAUCGACAAGAAGCAGUGCGAUGAGCAAAACAAAAUUGGGACGUGGGUGGUGAAGAAGGAGCAGGAGCUAAGCUCCAUCGAUGUAGCCGAUCUGGUGUUUGGCGACAAGCGCACGUACGAUGAGAAAACCACAAAAGUGCUUACGUUCCAGACAGGCAAAAACCCAAGCGACCAAACGACGGUUGUCGAGGGCGUACCGGCUAUUGUCGUAUUUUACGACAAGGAUAGAGCCCCAGCGCCAACCGUAAGGUGGAUUGCGCCUAUGCCCAUGGAUAUUUGAUCUUGGAGGCGAGCCUUGCAUACAAGUGUCACACGCAUGAGCAACCAUAUCUCUUAGCGCCUUACUAGCACGUACUAGGCCAGCUGAAUCCUCCCCCAAAAAUUACUAGUACCACUUGCUUCAGAAAUUGGCUUCCACCCGCUAUCCAAAAUACACAUACC